AUGCGGUGUGGCAUCCAGAACGCCAGGGCCCCCUCCUGGUUCGCCGCCGCGGCCGCGGCCGCCGCCAAACCAGCCAGCUUCCGCCGCAUACACGCCCUCCUCCUCACCUCCGGCCACCUCUCCUCCCGCCCCUCCGUCAACUCCCUCCUGCGCGAUGCCCCCUUUCCCUCCGAAUGCGCCCUUCUCCUUCGACUCCUGCUCUGCCAUCGUCUCCUACCCGACCACAUCUCCCUCUCCUUUUCCCUCCACUCCUGCACCCGCCACCCCAGCCACCCGCUCACGAGCCUCUUCCACUCGCUGACCGUCAGGCUGGGCCACUCCCGCGACGUCUACGUCGUCAACGCCGCCGUCUCCUCCUACUUCGCCGCCUCCGACGUCGCCUCUGCUGAUAGGCUCUUCGCGGAGAUCUCUAAGGAUGCCGCUGACGUUGUCACCUGGACCACCAUGGUCACCGGGCACGCCAACGCUGGUCAUCUGGAGCGGGCAAGGUGGUUCUUCGAGGCAAUGCCCGAGAGGAACGUGGUUUCUUGGAACGCGAUGCUGGGCGCGUACGCCCGCGCCGGGGUGCUUUCCGAGGCGCGGCAGCUGUUCGAUGGAAUGCCCGGCAGGAACGCCGCCACGUGGAGUUCUAUGGUUACUGGGCUCGUCCAGUCCGGGCACUGUGAGGAGGCGUUGAGGGUGUUCGGCGACAUGGUCGGUCGCGGUGCCGUGCCGAACGAGGCCGCUCUGGUGAGCGCCGUCUCAGCCUCCGCACAGCUGCGGUCGGUGGAGCACGGCGCGUGGGUGCACGCGUAUGCUGAGCGGGAGCUGCAAGGGAUGAUGAGCGUCGUCCUUGCGACCGCGAUCAUAGACAUGUAUGGGAAAUGUGGGAGUAUCCGUGAUGCCAUCAGGGUGUUCGCUGCAAUGCCCGUGAGAAACAUCUACUCCUGGAACUCAAUGAUCGCUGGGCUAGCCAUGAACGGUGGCGAGAGGCAGGCCCUGUCACUCUUAUGGAAGAUGCAGAUGGCCGGUGUUCGACCAAAUGACAUAACUUUUAUUGGGUUACUGAGCGCCUGCAGCCACUCUGGCCUUGUCAAUGAGGGCCGCUGGUUGUUUGACAGUAUGAUCGAUGACUUUUGGAUACAACCAGACCCAGAGCAUUAUGGUCUUAUGGUCGAUUUGCUUGGCAGGGCUGGUCGUGUCAGAGAGGCAAUGUAUUUUGUCAAGAGCAUGCCUGUGGAACCACACCCAGGAUUAUGGGGUGCACUAGCUAGUGCCUGCAAGAUGCAUGGAGAGGUGGAGCUUGGUGAGGAGGUUGCCAAGAAGCUCAUUGAACUAGAGCCCCGUCAUGGCAGCCGGUACAUCCUCCUAUCAAACUUAUAUGGCACCGCGAAUAGAUGGGAUGACAUGGCCACCGUGCGCAGGCUUCUCAAGCGCCGCAAGGUCCCCAAGGGCACUGGCAACGCUGUGGUUGGAAAUGACAUCCAGUACAUGGAAUGACAGAAUCCACCCACGAUGAGGAUUUAGGACUACUUUACACUGAUAAGUGCAUUGAGACUUUGCAUUGGUUGGACCAAGGAGCAACGUGAGAUCGAUGAACCUGGAAGAGAUUGGGGACUGAAACAGGACUCCUGAAGGAGAAAAUAUUUGAUUUAUAUGUCAGCAUAUGCCUAAUUGCCCAUGCUGCACUUGAACUGCAUUGAGUAAUUGCACGUACAGGGAGCAGAACUGAAAAAACCUGGCAAGAAGUCUAGGUUGGUGCUUGAAUACUGACCAAAAAGGGUAGAAACUCAAGUGACUUUAACGAUUGUGUGGUAUGAACAGUUCAUCAUUAGGUGAUUCAGGCUCGCAAGGAUUUUUCCACUAGAUACUGUACCUUGUUUUUGUUGCAUAUUGAGGUUAAAACUCAAAAGUGCGGUGGAUGAGAUCAAUCCAACCACUUGAAUGGUGAUUUUGUGAAAUGUGUCUUGUAAGCUUAAUUUGCGAAAUUGCUUAUACGGUUUAUCUUUGCUACCUUCUACCAUUACACAUUUACAUGUAUUUACCAAAAUUUAUGAU